AUGGGUCAAGCCUUUCGCAAGCUCUUCGAGACCUUCUUUGGCAACACCGAGAUGCGGGUUGUGAUGCUGGGACUUGAUGCAGCUGGUAAAACUACCAUACUUUACAAGUUGCACAUUGGAGAAGUCUUAUCUACUGUCCCUACUAUUGGGUUCAAUGUGGAGAAAGUUCAGUAUAAGAAUGUCGUAUUCACCGUUUGGGAUGUCGGUGGACAAGAGAAAUUAAGGCCGCUCUGGAGGCAUUACUUCAAUAACACUGAUGGACUGAUAUAUGUUGUUGAUUCAUUGGAUCGAGAGAGAAUUGGAAAAGCAAAGGCAGAAUUUCAGGUUGUAUAUUCAGAAAGACUUGUUUCUUCCAUGAUGCUUCAAGCCUCUUUGCUUGCUGAAGAGUUCUUGGCACUUAGAUUUUUUACUCUAGAAAUUUGCAAGAUAAUAGCAUUGAGAUGGGUAAUGGAGAGAAAGGUGCCAAUCUAUCUGAAUGAAACUGUGUCUCAUGAUGGUGUUGGUGGGAGUGCUGGAGGUUGUAUGGGAGGUUCGAAAGGAGCAAUGACCCCAAUGGAAGUAUGCGAAGGACUAGGCCUUUUCGAACUUAAGAACAGAAAAUGGCACAUACAAGGUACUUGCGCUCUCAGGGGAGAUGGACUUUAUGAGGGCUUGGACUGGUUCUUUUUUGGAAGCUUCAAGUUCAUCUUUGAUGAAGCUGGAGAGUUGCCUGUUGCUAAGUUAAUCAUUUGUAGGUUGCCUAAAGCACUUGUGUUAAGUAGGUUGCUUACCUUUGGCCUCGACUACCUCCGCGAUGACUCUCGUAGCUCAGCGGUUAUGGCACCUGUUUUGCAAGGUGGAGGUCUUGAGUUCGACUCUCAACGAGAGCAGACACAACACUAG